AUGAGGAGCACCCCUACGUCCGUCAGGACGAGGGCGAUGUUCUCCCCCUUCCCCACGCAGCGAGAGAUGAGGGACAUUGUGCCUUGGAUGCAGCCCUCCACCUUCUUCCAGGACACAGAGGCAGCUGCAGCCACCUCACCAAAUUUGAGGGGUUCCAACUCCUUAUGGCCUGGCAGGUACUCCUUGUCGUUCGUGAGGUUGUGGUCAACAACGAGGUUCCUGGCCAGGCGAAACGUGGGCCACUGCACCGUCAGGGACUUGUUACCAUCCUCGACACAUUUGGAAACAACAUCAAAGCAGCCAAGAGUGGGAAUUCGGACGCCCUGCAAAUGGAAGAGAACGGAAGGGCCGAAGGUUAAGGAUCAGCUGGAGGUGGUCCCAUCCAGGGACGGUGCUUCAGGUCCUGCUGUGCCCUUCCCGAUGUUGGGAGCCAGGCUGAGGGGAUCCAGGGGCUUCCAGCGGCUGGGAUCAGCCCUGAGAUACCACACCACCUACCACAAGCAACACCGCACUUGUGCGAUACCUAUCGGUCUCUUGGUGGGGACUUUUGGGGUGAGUUUCCUGCUUUUGAGGAGGGGAACAAGGGCGACGUGGGUGCCAACCCACCUGGUGAAGCAAGAGGUGCUCCUGGAUGUAGACGGACACUGCAUCCCAGACAGAUAUUCGCUCUGGAAGGCAAAGAAAAUCAGGUCACGCUCUGCGUCUGGUGGCUGCCACCCUCCCAGCACCCCCAGCCCCGUGUUUUGGUGGCAGAUGAAAAGAGCCAGCACAUCUCCAGCCCCAAAUGGAGACCCCCCGGUGGUGACCGCAGAGCCGGGUCCCCCCCACGGAAAGCCCCAGACGGGGGUCAGCCACACUCCUGCAGUGCUGGGGGUGCCCGUACCUUGGUCAGUGACGCCUGGCAUCGCGGAGAUGUGCUCCAUCGCGCUGCUCUCUGGGAAGCCUAACGUGGUACGCCUCGUGCAAGCAGGUUGCUCCUUGCUGGCAUCAGCCACCUGGGGGCUCAUCCUGCCCGAACGUCUCCGUACCUCUGUCGCAGGCACAGCCUCUUUUAUAUGGUCAUGUCACAGUGAUAUCUGUGACAUUGCGGUGACACGGCCAGUGCUGGCUGCUGCCCGCAGUGACGCCGGCACCAAGCGCCCGCUGCCUGCCCAAGCACCUCUGUGCUGGGAGGAGGACAUCAAAGAGUUGUGGGUAAUCGUAGAAAUUGUAGAAUUGUAA